AUGGAAAAGGAUGAAGUGAUAGAUUACUACCUUCAGUUUACCCUGGAAGAACUAGAAAGUUGGUAUCAUCCAUACUGUAGACUCCGAAGGGGACUAGACUGGCGCACAAAUCCUAUAUAUGUCUACCUCGACGCAGGAGCCAUAGGUAUGAUCAACGCCAUGGAAAAGAAGCAGAAGGAAGAGAAAGAUCGAAAGAAUGAAACUGCAAUUGCCAAUCCAGUGCCCAACGCCCAAAAGACUGAUGAAAAGGACGCAACCAAAGACCCAGUGCCUACUCCAACGAUUGAAAUGGACACUACGGAAAUUCCAGAUCCCCCUGAGAAAAGAAACAAAAAGAAGAGGAAAAAGGCGAAAACGAGUGUCAACCAGGCGACGCUCCCUGACAUUACUGCAGUUAGCGAGCCCACUCAAGUCCCAGCUCCCGCUAUCCCAGCUGAUACAAUACCGACUGAGAGUAUGGAAACUGCCGAUUCGGAGGACCCCAGCCCAACCCUGGACAUAGCUCCAAAACCAAAACUGAAAACCCUCAUCAGAGGACUGCUAGCAGAUACGGAUAUUUCAGCCCUUGAAAAAUAUCUCAUCGAAUUUGGAAUUCAUCCAGAAAAGAUUAUUCAGCUUAGUAAAAGGAGUGGGCAGGAGCUUAGGCCCCUCCCACUCUUCCUCAUCAUACAGAUGGACACGCCCACCAGUAGAAAAAUCUACAACAUUAGCUCCAUUUUGGAGAGAGAUGUUAUAGUAGAAAGAUUCAGAGGAGGACGAUUCCAGACACAAUGCUUCAGGUGUCAGAAAUAUGGCCACACCCAGCGCAACUGCCAAGUCACCGAACCAGCCUGCAUGGAAUGCGCAGAAGCUCAUCUUACGUACCUUUGUACGAAACCCAUAUCCACUCCCGCCAAAGGCAUUAACUGCGAUGGUGAGCACCCGGCCUGUUUUUCGGACUGCGGUGCAAGACCCAGAAAACCCACACAUAGAAGAAGAGCCCAACCCAAGACAACAAAAGAUGCUGCCAGCAGAUUCCUGCUCCUCUUCAAAGAGAUGAAAGAACUACUACAAAACGAAGAGCUUGUUAAGCUGCUCCGUUCCCUACUUCCAGAGCCGCAGAAUUGA